AUGCUCGGCCUCCUGGCGCUCAGCUCCGCAUCUGCGGGGCUGUGGAGCUCCUGCGACCGGUCCGAGCAGAGCAAGCCACGGCUGCGCGCCGGACUCGCCUACCACGUCGUGGGGUCCCUGUUCUGCCUCGUGCUGCUUCUGCUGGCGGUCCCGGGCCUGCACAGGCAAACGCGGUGGGACUGCGCGCUGGCCGCGCUCCAGGAGGGUGCCGUCGGAAUCAUGCACGACAUCGCGUCGCAGCGCAGCAAGAUGCACACGGCCUCGCAAGGGGUCCUCGUGCGUCUGGGGGCACUUGACAGCUGGCUGGCGCACGUCUCGGAGGACAUCAAGCGUGACAGCGUCACCGAGGGCGAGAAGGAGAUGGUCUACUACAAGCAGCUGUGGCGCCACGCCGACGCGAACCUCAUCAAGCAGAAGCUGGAGCAGCUCGAGCGGAUAGCGGACCACCUCGUCGAGGUCUGA